UGUUCGCAAUGUUACGUCUCGUAUGGGGCAGCGCUUAUAAGGCUAGGCAUUCUGUGAAAGUAAGGCCUAUAUUCCUCGCGAUACUGGUUCGCUGCUUGCUGCUACUGCACAACUUCCUGUCCGUAUGGCGUGUGGUGGAAACGCGUCGGGACAGCCGGCUUUGGACGCUGCUCGCAAUAAACGUUCUCUUAGUGAUAGAAGCCGCGUUUGUGAUCAGGAUCAACCGAGGGAUUGAGUGGAAAUGGUGGUGUCCAUGUUUCCUAUUCCAUUUGAUGACCACCCUACCCUGCUUCUGGCUGCUACAGAUAUCGCAGUACGAGCACGCGAUUGCAGUGGCCCUUGAAGUUCAAGGUCUGAACGAUCCGCACAACGAGGGAUUGACUGAGGACGCUUCCCCGCUCACCAUAGCAGUUUAUACCACGACACUAAGACAUUCAUCAACUACAGCGAAUAUACCUAACACAACAUCGGCAAAUAUACUGACUCAUAUAGACAGUAUUUUGCUUGGCAUCGGUGAGCAGACGUGGAUCGUGAUCAUACAGGAGACGCUGGUCUAUCUGAUUAUCUUCGGCGGAUGGGUUUUACCCAGGGCGAACACAUCGAAAGACGAACUGUCCUCCGUGUUGCUCGAGUACCUGGGUAUGGCCUCGGACAUCAUGGAGCUGUUCGCGCUGUUCGAUGAACCGCGGGUACAAACGAAUCAGCAUUUAACGUACGCCAUACUGACCAUUUGGUCCAUCAGUUUUUUACAGUUCAUUCCAAUUUUAAAGCAACACAAAGGAAACAAGCUUUUACAUAUUGAACUAUUGCUAAAUGGCAAACGAUCUUGCAACUUUGCGGAAGUGGUGUCGACGUGUAUAAAACUUCUACUGCAGGACUUGCCGUUCAUGUGUCUGCGACUGACUAUCAUAGUUCACUUCCAGCUCGUCACAUACAGCCUGGUGUUCUUUGUCGUGAAGAACAUUGUGACAAUCCUGCUUCUUGUCUACCGACUAACAGUGCUGUGUAACAAAUUACCAUGCUGCUAUACAGAACACGCGGAAGAAUUCGACGGUGUUGCAAUUGAGGGACCCACCGUAGCAGACGAUUCUAUUUUGAAUCCAUCAUCAAAAGCAUCCCAGGUUGUUACAAGUAGUUUACCAACGUACGGAAUCAAGUAUUUCGUUUCACCGCUAACAAGUACAACUAAAGCUGAUCUGCAUGGUGGAUCUGCAAGCGAUAAGCCAUCAUCCAAGCAACACCAUUGGAAAACCAAAAGAAAAUCCACCUCCUUGCCCAACGUAACCAAGGCGAACAUGUUAACGAUAUAAACAGAAAUUAAAGAUCAUGCUCGCUAACGUUUACCUUAUCCACGUAGUGUACACUCAUUCACUUGAAAAUAAUACAACAAAACCUUCAUCUGAAAUCUGCGUACAUACUGCAAUGAAGGUCUCCACGAAUUUUCUAUAAUUCGAGCGUUGUUAUAUUAUGCAAAUAUUACCUCAGUCAUAUCUUUGGCAAAAUCUUCGUCCGCGUUGCGACUUCUGGUGUUGGUAGCAACUUUCACGGACCGGUGAAUACAGCCCUUGCAAGGGAAACUAAUGGACACCUGCAAUUUUAAAAAUGCCCAUUUUGCGUACCCAUUACAUCUACAGACGUUACAUGUUGUGAAUAUAAUAAUUACAUGCGUGCUUAAACACGAAUGAAAUAUUUCUACAUUUUUAGCGUGUUAAACUCAAGUGAAGUUUGGUUGCCACAUAUGCAAUGUGUGAGCUGGCCUUGGUCUUUAUUUGUACAUUAACAAGUUCUAAGUAUUUUUUUUCUACAAAAUCAUGUUAAAAAUAUAAAUUAUAAUUAUUUAUUUAUUAUUAUUAUUUAUAUUAUAUAUUAUUAUAUUUAUAUUAUUAUUAUUAUUUAUAAUU